CAGAUACUCCUCACCACCGAAACCACUCAAGAUGCAACCCUGCGAGCCAUCUACCACUUCCUGGACACACUGGCGAUACCUGAUUUCCCAAACUCUGGGACCCGCUACAAGUUCCUCAAAAAGUGUCAGCACUACUUUCUGAAGGAGGGACUGAUGUACCGCCGCUUCCCACAAAGGAUGCCAGUACGAAUAGUGUUCACCACUGAUGAAAGACACAAGAUCCUCGAAGACGCACACGAA